GUAACCGUACAUUUUAUAUAUAGUCGCUUUUUAAUUAUUUCCAAGCUACAUAUCCUAUACGGUCCAAUAACAAAGCAUUUUUGGUACUCAAAAUAUUAGCAAAAGUUUGCACCUCGGCAUGGAGACAGUUUUCAGUGAAUUUACACUUGUUGAAUUCAGGUAUUAUAAAAAGAUAGUUUAGAUUAACAAAAGCUAUGGAGUUUGAACAUGAUGAUGAGCUGUUGGAAUGGGAUAUGGAAAUCGACGAGAAUUUUGAAGAUGCUCUUGAUGAUGACGGAGAGCGAUACGACCAGCAAGACGAAAGGGCUGUGAUAAGAAAACGAAACAAACAAGACAGGUGGGCGACAACACGUGAUGACGAAGACCCGGAAACUAUCCAAGAAAGGUGGUCGGGUGAUGGCCAUUCUGAAGGCUCGCUUGAAUAUGAAGAUGAAAAUACUCAACAACCAGAACCGAAAAAGGCGGUUAAGUUAACCGAGAUGAAAGUAAUGAAUGAAAAUGCUGCGAAAUUGAAAACAUCUGCUGAAAGCCCAACAGAAGAAGGCACGUGGUCUACGUUCAUUGGAAAAGACAAAAGACAAAAAAGUUCCAACAAAAACAGUUUCUCCGCUUUGGGAUCACCUGCUCGGAGCGAAGGCGGGAAGUUUCAAGUGUUAGAUGAAGACGAUGGCGACAUAACAAGCUACGAUAUGCCUCCAAUGGAGUUUCGUGGCAGUUUAAAAACCAAUGACUACAACCCUAACAGGCCUUCAUCAUGCUUCUGCAUCGUUUUCCGAUACAUCGCCAUUGCCCUACUAUGCUUCACCAUCGGCCUUGCAUUUGGCUACCUGGUUGGUUACAAGCAGAUGACCUACCACCAAGUAACCGAAAGACCGCCGGUUGUCACGUCGAUAAGAAGCAUUGCGGAAAACAUAACCUUACCCAACACUGCUACACCAGUCGACGAAAACAGGCGGUCGUCGCUUGGACUUCAGGGCGGUAGCAUAUUGUUUUAGUACGCUUAGACAGUUAACGUUGUUUUCAUUGGUACUUUUAAUAUUGCCGCUAUUUCCCAGAAGUUUGUUAAGUUGUAACAUAUAUGUGUGAAUUAUCGAUUCCGAGGUUCCGAACUCUUAAUCCAGUCAAACAGUAAAACGUAUAUUGUGCUAAUCAAAAUGUAAAUUGUGUACAUAUUGUAUUACAGUAAUCGGUAUUGUGAUGUGCAAUAAUAAAGAACCAAAUCUUGGCCAUA